AUGAUGUUAGUGAUGGUAGUGGUGGUGGUGGUACUAUUGAGGGCGAGUGUAGGAAUUGGUGGUACUUGUGAGGAUAAUAUAGGUCAUAUUGGUGCUUGUGAGGGCGGUAUGGGUAGUGGUGGUGCUACUAAGGGUAAUGUGGGCGGUGGUGGUGAUGUGGAGGAUAAUGUGGGUAGUGGUGGUAGUGGUGGUGUUGUCGAGAGUAAUGUGGGCGAUGGUGGUGAUGCCGAGGGCAACAUGGGUAGUGGUGGCCAUGGUGCAAACAAUGUAGGUAGUGCUGAUGAUAACAUAGGGAAAAUGAAAAAGAUAUUGAGGAGAUAG